AUGAACAUUUGGUGGGUCUGGCAGACGACGUCGUCCACGGUGCAAGGCAACACCACCACAACGGUCACCGCCAUGCGUUUCGCCGCCGCCGUGAUGACCCAUUGCGCGAAGGACCGCUCCGGCGUCCGCGCCGUGGAGGAAGCAGUCAAGAUCGUCGUCGGACCCGUCUACGAGAAGUUCCACCUCCUUCCCGACGAGCUCCUCCGCAUCGCCCAAAGCAACCCCGACCACUCCGUCGCACCCGCGCACCCGCCUCCGCCGCCGAGGGCCGCCGCCGCCGACAUCGCGAGGGCCGCUUACUCGAAGUGCGAGCCGGCGGCGAAGGGGCUGUACGGGCGGUUGGAGGUCAAGGCGGAGCAGUGCGCGGCGGCGGCGGCGUGGCGGCGGGUGGUCCCUCGAACGGUGAAUUACAACGAGAAAGUUGUGGCGGCGGCGGAGAAGGGUUGCAGGGUUUCGGAGAGGAUAGCGAAGAUGUAUAGUGAGAGGCGAAAGGGGUUUCAUUUCCAUGUACUAUGCACUACUUAA